AGUGCGUGGGUGCUGCAUGUCUCCAGUCAUUGCGUUUUCUUCUUUCAGUAUGCCCAAGAAAGCAGUGCUGGUGUCUGGGCUGGGCUGGUGGAUCCUGCAUAGUGGUGGGGCCUCAGAAAAGCCCUAGAGGUAAUCAAGUGAUCGUCCAAAUUGGGGCUACAGAGAAAUAUCUACAUAAUGGUCUUUUCAAGGCAUGGCUGUGUCUUAAGGCAGUCACUGCUUCUUGACAAUCACAUCUCGUAGUUUGUCUUUCUGUUUGCUGUUAGGUAAGCGCCUGCAUUAUUUUCAGGGUGCUGACACUCUCCAAUGGGUCACUGCUGACCAUCCAUUUAAAACAUGUCUGUGAAUAUGUAACCAGGUAAUCGGUUUGUGCCUCAUUAACGUGGGUGGCCAGUCAGUUACAGAAUAGGCCAGUUUAUCCACAACCUGCCUUCUUUGUUUAAAUAAUGCCACUUCUUUGGUCCUCUAAUUCCCUGUAAUUCAGCUGGCCUUUAUUUUGACUGUAUGUUGCCAAUAACACAUUCUUAAGGAAGUAUGGACUGCACCCAGAAAUAUUUUCUAGACGUAAUCCUAACAUCACAGAGAACAGAGGGCAGAGCUGGGGUGAGAAGCAGGCUUUGAGCUCCAGCCUGGCAUGCCAGCAAAGUUAAUUGUCUGUGGAGUGAAGCAGUAGCUGAAUAGAUGUUUUCAGACUGUAGCUGACACGCUUGGGCACUGACGGCAUUUUCUGGACCUGACUCAGAAAGGUCAGAUCCUCACCAGCUUUGCAGUUCCAGUUCAUUAUGUGAACAGGAGGAAAAGAUGUGGUUGACAGGUACCUGUACCACAUGCGUCUCUCUGAUGAUGUCUUGCUGGACGUGAUGGCUCGCUUCCAGGCCGAGAUGGUGAAGGGCCUGGGGAGAGACACGAACCCCACGGCAACAGUCAAAAUGCUGCCAUCAUUUGUGCGCUCGCUUCCUGAUGGCUCGGAGAAGGGUGAUUUCCUCGCUGUUGACCUGGGUGGCUCCCAGUUUCGUGCCCUCGAGGUGAAGGUGUUUAAUGAUGGCAAACAGAGCAGCCAACUGGAGAGCAAGUUUUACCCCACACCAAAGGAGGUCAUACAGGGCAGUGGAGCUGAGCUCUUCAGUUAUGUUGCUGACUGUCUGUCAGACUUCAUGGAGUCCAGAAACCUGAAGCAUAAGAAGUUACCUCUUGGCUUUACAUUUUCUUUUCCAUGCAAACAGACCAAACUGGAAGAGGGAAUCCUCCUUUCCUGGACGAAACACUUCAAGGCCCGAGGAGUGCAGGGCACAGACAUAGCCUGCUCUCUGCGCAAGGCCCUCCAGAAGCAUAAGGACAUAGAUGUCGAUGUUUUGGCAAUGGUCAAUGACACUGUAGGAACCAUGAUGACUGGUGGAUACGAUGACCCGCGCUGUGAAGUUGGACUCAUAAUUGGGACCGGCACCAAUGCGUGCUACAUGGAGGAAAUGAGGCACAUCGAUUUGGUGGAAGGUGAUGAAGGGAGAAUGUGCAUUAACACGGAAUGGGGUGCCUUUGGAGAUGAUGGUGCUUUGGAUGACCUCCGCACAGAGUUUGAUCGGGAACUUGAUCUGGGAUCUCUCAAUCCUGGCAAACAAUUGUUUGAAAAGAUGAUCAGUAGCCUGUAUUUGGGGGAACUUGUAAGACUCAUUCUUCUUAAAAUGACAAAGGAAGGUCUGCUCUUCAAUGGGAAAGUGUCAGCAGCUCUGCUCACUAAGGGCAAGAUUGAAAUGAAACAUGUGUCUGCAAUGGAAAAAUAUAAGGAAGGUCUGAGCAACACAAAAGAGAUCCUUACAGAGCUGAACCUGUUUCCCUCUGAAGACGACUGCAUCGCCGUUCAGCACGUCUGCACCAUUGUGUCUUUCCGCUCAGCCAAUCUCUGUGCUGCUGCUCUAGCAGCCAUACUGACUCGACUGAGAGAGAAUAAAAAGCUGUUACGGCUGCGAACCACUGUUGGGAUUGAUGGAGGACUCUAUAAAACCCACCCCCAAUACCCCAAACGCCUGCACAAGGUAGUGAGAAGACUGGUCCCAAAUUGUGACGUUCGGUUCCUCCUCUCUCAGAGUGGCAGUGCAAAAGGGGCUGCCAUGGUGACAGCGGUGGCAUACAGGCUGGCCGCUCAGCGCAAGCAAAUCGAUGCUGUUCUUGCACCUUUCCUGCUAUCCCUGGAGACCCUAAGAGAUGUGAAGAACAAAAUGAGGACUGAACUGGAAUAUGGGCUGAAGAGAGAGACACAAGACAGGGCCACAGUGAAGAUGUUACCCACGUAUGUCUGUGGGACACCAGAUGGAACAGAGCAGGGAAAAUACCUUGCCCUUGAUCUUGGUGGAACAAAUUUCAGGGUUCUGCUAGUCAAAAUUAGAAGUGGAAGAAGGAGAUCAGUACGAAUGUAUAACAAAAUAUUUGCCAUUCCUUUGGAGAUCAUGCAAGGGACAGGGGAAGAGCUCUUCGACCAUAUAGUCCAGUGCAUAGCAGACUUCCUGGAGUAUAUGGGGAUUAAAGGCGCCCGCCUACCUCUGGGUUUCACCUUCUCCUUCCCGUGCAGGCAAGCCAGCAUCGACAAGGGAACGCUUGUGGGAUGGACAAAAGGUUUUAAGGCAACGGAUUGUGAAGGGGAAGAUGUUGUUGAUAUGCUGAGGGAGGCCAUCAGGAGAAGAAAUGAGUUUGACUUGGACAUCGUAGCGGUGGUGAAUGACACUGUUGGGACAAUGAUGACUUGUGGAUAUGAGGAUCCGAACUGUGAGAUUGGCCUUAUUGCAGGAACAGGCAGCAAUGUGUGCUACAUGGAGGACAUGAAGAACAUAGAAAUAGUGGCAGGGAAUGAAGGAAAAAUGUGCAUUAAUACAGAAUGGGGAGGAUUUGGUGACAAUGGCUGCAUUGACAACAUCAGAACAAAAUAUGAUAAAGAAGUAGAUGAAGGCUCACUGAACGCAGGGAAACAGAGGUAUGAAAAAAUGACCAGUGGAAUGUAUCUAGGUGAAAUAGUGAGAAAUAUUUUAAUCGACCUGACCAAACAAGGACUGCUGUUCAGAGGACAGAUUUCAGAAUCACUCAGGAAAAGAGGCAUAUUCGAAACAAAAUUCCUAUCUCAGAUUGAGAGCGAUCGGCUUGCCCUCCUCCAAGUCCGGCGGAUUCUGCAGCAGCUUGGCCUCGACAGCACGUGUGAGGACAGCAUCAUUGUGAAAGAAGUGUGUGGGGCUGUUUCCAGGAGAGCUGCCCAGCUCUGUGGGGCAGGACUGGCGGCUAUCGUAGAGAAGAAGAGAGAAAACCAAGGCAUGGAGCACUUGCAAAUUACUGUUGGAGUAGAUGGGACUUUGUACAAGCUUCAUCCACAUUUUUCCAGGGUCCUGCAGGAAACGGUGAAGGAACUGGCACCUCGGUGUGAUGUGACUUUCAUGCUUUCUGAAGAUGGGAGUGGGAAGGGAGCUGCUCUCAUUACUGCAGUAGCAAAAAGAUUGCAUAACAUAGGACAGAAGUAAAAAUGAGAAGUCAGUUCAUUUCAACACUGCCAGGUGUGUGCACUAGAGAUUUGUUGAGUGUUGAUUGAAGAUAGCUUUACCAGACACCAGUACACAGGUACCUGUUUUUCAGGGAGCAGCUGGUUAUUGAGCAGCCAGUAUUGUGGAUUUUUGUCCUUUGGACACCACUUGGAUCAGGUGUUUCUGCUCCUCACUGUUAUGUGUUGAAACACUGCAAUCUACUCAAUUCUCUACUUCCUGAAGUGCAUCUAUAAUGUGUAUGGGAGAGUCAGACAAACAAAAAAAACCAAUCCAGCCAACCAACCAAAAACCCAACUGUGUAUUUUUACAAUGGUUUAAUUAAGCUACUGUAUCACGAGCAAAUCUGUCACAAGCUUCUUAGGUUUGGUGUGGUUUUUAGUUUUGACUUGGCCUGUCUUAAGGAAUGCUGAGAUCUAGUGUUGCACGUAUCUAGUGGACAUGUUUGUUCAGUGCAUCCCAGGUUUUACAAUAAAUCUGCAAGUAAAUAAAAUGAAAGGACUUUGGUCAGUGAUGCUUCCCCCCAUACCCAGCUACACUGGUUACGAGUGCAUUGUAAUGUAGUACUUCCCUGAGUACAGGAGGCAUGUUUAAUGAUGCAAUGAAAAAGAAAUGUGAUUCCAAAGAAUAUCAGUUUGUGUUAGUGCACUUCUGUGCAUGUAAACAUAACCGCCACUGGAUGGAUUUUGAUUGUGACUAUUUUUUCUUGAUUCUCAAGGAAAGAGAGGAUGUAGAAGCAACAACAAGGUCUGCCAUGUGUGUUAGAGCUACCCAGAGAGUAUCAAAAUGGUUCAUCUUUGGGCCAUCAAAAUAGCUUUGUAGAGAGGAAAAAAGAAUCACCUGAAUUUCUGAAAUUCUCCUAUUUGUUUUCCCUCAGUUAUCAACUUGCCUGUUUGAGGGAGGAUAGCUUCCAUCUUGUGGAAGGGACUUUAUCCUUGCUUUUCAUUGUCUGUUGCCUGCUGCUCUGCCUGCAGUUUGUUGUAAAUGAAUCUGUGGUGCUAUGAGCCUUUGCUUCUCUGUCUAGUGCCUCUUCUGAGUUGUGGGAAGAACGUGCAGGCAAGUUGGCUUGCAGACAGGGCCUAAUUGGAGCAAAAUUUACCUCUACACUGAUAGAGCACCAUUUUAUUUAUCAGUAGCGUGCCCAAAGGCCUGCAAACACCAGGAAAAUAACUCAUACUCUUGUGUCACCAAAUGUCCUUCCCCCAACGUACACAUCUCAGAGAAAACUGAAACAAUAAUGUGGUGCAGAGGAGCAGCAGAUCUGGAGUCUGUUAUUGUACUUGCAAGUAUUGCAGAAUCUCCUGACAUCCUCUCUUCUUGAGUAUUUGCUAGCAGCAGAAAGUGGGGCCAAGAAAUACGCUUUAAGCCAUAGUUGGGUCAAAAGCAAUUAUUGUGCAGGGGGAUAAGCAGCUGAAUUUAUAUAAUAAUCUGUAAUAAGGCUGGCAGGUUUAAAUUUAGCAACGGCAAAUACAAAAAGUGAAGAUAUUGACCUUUUCUGUUUUGUAGGUUUUUUUUUAGAAGAAACAUGUCAACAGCUCUCUGUCUGUGCUGGGGCCACAGGGUGGGUAAAAUGUAGGAACUGGAAAUAAUUUUAUUUUUGUAAGGAGUUCCUCACUGUAUGGAGCUCCCUGUGCAGAGCGGUAGAGAAGAGACAAGUUGUGAACUCACAUGUACUGUUUUCCACCUUCUGUCAAGCAGCUUAGCAUUUCACUUUUAGUUUAUAUUUCAGAAUCCGCAGUCACAGAAACUGAAGCUUGCUAUGCAGUGGGGGCAAAGUUAUUUGGAGGUGGCUUUUUUCCUAAUGACGAACAGACUAAAUUCAGUGGGGCUAGGUACAGCAGAAGGCUUGGGGCUGUGUGGAGCCUAGAAAUAGCUCUUCUGCGUUGGCUGUUUCUCCCCUGGGCACUCUGAGAUCUUGUAUUCAUUGUGUACUUCUGGGUCCUUUUGGGGGAGUGGAUUGUGCUAAUCUGCAAAAGCACGUCUGUGGGUGAAAUAUGUCCCUCUAUAGCUGGAGGGAGGUGACAUGGACUUGCCCCAGGAUGGCCACAUGAGUAUGAUGCAGAGAUCUAUUGCACUUCUGUUCUAAAGCCUGCUCUGCACAACUGGAAUGCAAAUCAGUAACGAUACAAGGUAAACCACUUGCACAGAUCCUUGCUUUAGGAAGUUAGAAAGGAAUUCUGUAUUGCUUUGGAUUUUCUUUUUAGUCUUUUUUUUUUGGGAAAUUAAAUAUUCACACAGUUUAUACCUCAGCUGCAGUAGAUUGGGCCCACACAAUUAAAAAAAAUAUAUAUAUAUAUAUUUUUACAUCUACAGGGUUUGUUUGUUUGUUUUUCUUUCUGUUGAAUCUGUGGGUGGGGUGCAAUCUGAUCACAUGAACUUGAAACGCUGCUUGCAAAGUGCCUGGUGACUUACAGCUUGUGUUGUGGUCCCUAAGGCCCAGAACACACAUGCUCCUUUCCUGCAGCUUGCUGCAAACCCAGGCAGCUGCCACACAGAUCUGUUAACAUGUCUGCUGGGCAGGGAGAUGGCGUCUGGGCUGGGAGGCUGCUGGGCAAGGGUUUUCUGGGCAGCCAUGGAGAUGGGAAGGAUUAGCCUCUGUGGGCUUUACCGGGGGCACAGACUUCACUUGUAGUCUCCCAGGGAUCCUAUAAACACGCUGAAGCUUUCAGCUGACUCUAAGUAAAAACAUUCUCCAUCUGAGUGAUGAUGCAGCAUUUGUGUCCCCAGUUGUGUUGAUGUGUGGAAGCUCAAGGAGUGAUGCAAACUUGCGAACUGUCUUCUAUAGAUUUUAAGCCUCUGAACCUAAAUCUUUUGCUGCGUGUUUUAUGCAGUGACUCAGUCAGAAGCCCUGUUUUAAGAUAAAGGUGGAGGCCUCCCACUGACUAUGAGAGAUAUUCUGAAAAACAUGUAGUACAACUGGUCACAUAAAGUUGGUAAUUGAUGUAAAAUAAAAUGAGAUUCUUCUGGUUUCACAUUUCA